CGUCGCAUUACCAAGCACACCGAGCCUCAUUCAGUCUGACAGUCUUGCUCGAACAAACCAGAGAGCAUGUGGAUAAUUGUUCAAUUCGUGACUCUAACGCUGGCGAUUGGCGGCGGCCACUCCCUGCUGUAUCCCAAAUCGACUUCCUUGGGUCUUGUUGCUUCAGUUUCGGUGCCCGUUACAGAAUAUUUGCCAGAGCGCAGGUUUAUUGUCGAUUGGUGCUUUCAAAUGUCCUACGACAUGCCCUAUCAGCUGUCGUCGUUCUAUAAUAUUCCGAUAUGGCCGGGCAAGCAUAGUCCCAUCAAGGGUCGCAAGCGGUCGAUCGUCCCCAGCAAUGCGUGGUCUCUAGAGCAUCAUUGGAAUUCGAUUGGUGCAUUGGACAACAGCACAGCCGUUGGACGGAGACACCCCAGUGACUUCACAGCUGGUGAGCUGUAUCGAAGCAUAGAAGAUCUCCUGGUCAGUUACGGAUUCGACGAAACGUGCUUGCUGCGAGCGGUGUGUGAAUUGGCCAAACAUCCAUUCGAUGCCGACAACCAAGGGAAUAUUCUUACCGAUGUCAUAACCUUUAUUCUAACGCCAUCGCAACAUGAGGGUUUCGAUCCGACGGAGACCCUUUACCGCCAGACAUAUGAGGAUGCCGAGAGGAGUGGCUUCGUGGGGGAAAACUGUGCUUCCUUAUAUCCGAAAUGUGAAAGCGACUUACUGAGUUUGCUUAGCUACACGGAGUUCUGAUCUAGGAUUGAAAUAAAACACGCUGAGAAAAACUGCUCUAAAA